UUCUUUUCACUCAUAUCCACAGCUUCGCUUUUCUCCCGCUACUUAUUUCUUACCAUCUUAAUCAUGGCCGACUCUCUGACCGAAGAGCAAGUCUCCGAGUACAAGGAGGCCUUCUCCCUCUUUGACAAGGAUGGCGAUGGCCAGAUCACCACCAAGGAGCUGGGCACUGUCAUGCGCUCGCUCGGCCAGAACCCCUCCGAGUCUGAGCUUCAGGAUAUGAUUAACGAGGUUGACGCUGACAACAACGGCACGAUCGACUUCCCUGAAUUCCUCACUAUGAUGGCUCGUAAGAUGAAAGACACCGACUCCGAGGAGGAGAUCCGCGAGGCUUUCAAGGUCUUCGACCGCGAUAACAACGGUUUUAUCUCCGCUGCUGAGCUGCGUCAUGUCAUGACCUCCAUCGGUGAGAAGCUCACCGACGAUGAGGUUGAUGAGAUGAUCCGUGAGGCGGACCAGGACGGUGACGGCCGCAUUGAUUAUAAUGAGUUCGUCCAGCUCAUGAUGCAAAAAUAAACGGCUUAUCAUGUUCUAUUUGUCUUGUGUUAGCGGAAAGGGUGGGAGCAAUGAAAUCUACUCCACAAUGUCCCAUCUUUUAUCUCAACCCGUCUCUUGUAGUUUCAUCAUUUGGCUAUGAUUCUUACUUCCUCUCACGGUCGAGCGCUUGCAUUAUCGUUGUUGGUUUUGAUGUUGCAGGGACGGUAGAGGCGACCAUAAGUCUAAACUGAUUUAAGCGAGCUGAGGCUGAAUGUGUCUGAUUAGGGGUACAGGAUUCUCCCGGGCUUGCCGGGAAAUUCUGGUCUGAUGUCCCGCGAGGGCUGCCUGUCAUUAUUCAUGCCAUCAUUUCCUCAUUUCCCCUUGCCCCGUUGUUUAUAGCUCCCGUGUUCCGAUUCGUGCCGCCAAUUCUCUGAUCUAUCGUAGUAACUCGAAAGCAUAUGAUAAUAAUCAAUUGACUAUUGACAACUG